UCCUGGAGUUUUUACUCAUGGCUGCCUUUUUCAUUAUAACCAAUAAUUUGCAGGCUUUAUACAGAAAGGUUCGAUAUUUAAAAUUGGAAAAAUUUUUGUGCAAAAAUGAUGAGGGGUACAGCAUACUGAAACAUAUAAUGGCUUUGCCACUUCUUCCGGCCAAUGAAAUAGAAGAGACCUAUUUCGAAAUAAUCGAAUCAACUUCAUUAAGAUUAAGAAGGAAAAUACAAAAGUUUCUCAACUAUUUCCAAAAACAAUGGAUAAGAAAAGUAACACCACAAGUAUUUUCUGUGUAUGUUUUAGAGAGAAGAACAAAUAAUGUUCUUGAGUCCUAUCAUAGGCAACUGAAACAAAUGUUUGGGAUAAAACCACACAUUUGGACAUUCACAAGUAAGUACAAUACUAUUUACAUAUUUUUAUACGGGCAUAGAUCUCUGGAAUCUUUAAUUUUCAUAUCCUUCGCAUAUAUUUUCAAAAUUUUAAUAACUUUUGACUUUGUUUUUAUUGGAAAUACUAGUUCUUAUUACAAUAAAUAA